CAAAAAUGGCCGAAGUGAGAACGUGUGUUUAUUCAUUGGUGUUACUUGUGCUGCUUCAAAGGACUUUAGCAUCGCCAACAUUCGGAAGUUCUCUUCUCUGUACGUUCUUUUGUGAUGAUGGCGAUGAUGAUUCUAGAGGGAUAGGUGAUUUAUUUAGUGCCCUGCUGUAUGAUGAUGAUGACAGUUCUGAAGAAACAACCAAACCGCAGGCGUCGAACCCGAGUACCCCGGCAGGCGGUGACGGCAAACCACACGAAAUUAACUUAUCUAUUCCCCCUGAAAAUGGACUAAACUUGACGCUACAAAACUUGGGUAACUCCUGGUGGAUGAACCUCAUCCCUUGGGCCACAGGGGGCGGCAGUGCGACCACCGCAGCCCCUACUACCACAGCGGCUCCCACUACUGUCGCCGGCAAUGGCACAGCUGGUAACGCUACGAAGGCUUAGGAA